AACUUUGACCUUCUGUACCCUCUUGUAUUUUUCCCUCCUUUUUUUAAAAAACAAAAAGCGUGGAUCCGCCCCUGUCUCAAUAUGCCAUUUCACUGUUGUCCUAAAUUCCACCACUGCACGACUUUCAUGAUAUUUCCCUUCAUUAACGGAUGUGAAAGGACUCAAAACCAAAAGGAAAGAGAGGAGGAAGCUAGGGGGAAAGUACUUGCAGAUUUUUCCGAAGCAAGGACCUGGAGAAGGAACGUUUGAAGAUUCCAGCAGCCCGAAGAGCGGAUUCUGAUAUGAGUGCCAAGUGUUUGCUGUUGUCUCUGAUUCUCGCCUCUGUCAGUUUCCUCAUGGUCUACGCACACAUGAUCCUCGAAGAAAAGCCUGCCAGCAAUGGCUCCUGCUCAGCCCAUCUACAAGAGCAAACGCAUUCUGAUACUCCCUCCAUCCUAAUCGAAGAGAUACCAAAAACAAUGAAGAAGCCUGAUAAGAAACAGAAAAAGAACAACUUCAGCACCAAAAACAACCGACCGCCGCCUCCAGGCAACUGCGUCCCUUCGUGGGGAAGCUGCAAGAGGCCCAACUCCGUGUGCUGUGAAUACUGCGCGUUUUGCCAGUGCCGCCUCUUUAAGACCGUGUGUUACUGCCGCAUGGGGAACCCGAGGUGCUGAAUACCUGCGCCCGGAGGGCAUCCCUAUCCGGAAAAAGCCCAUUUUAAUGGUCUUAUUUCUAGGGGGAAAUGACUAAGACCUGGACGUAGAUGUCCGUUGUCUUGUAACAGCUCUGUUAUUUUUCUAAUAGUAGAAGCACACUUAGGCAUAUUUAGUAUGUUUUAAAUUCCAGUGAAAACAUUUAAUGCGAUUUAUGGGGAAGAAAACGAUACAAUACGGUAAUGGACAACUUUUUUUAUGAGACAUAAGUAUUUACCCUGAUGAAAAUGUUAUUUAUACAGCCGCGACUACAAAGGCAAGUACAGACACCCCUUCACAUUCGCAAGAGUAAGGGGCCAAUGUGAAAAUUAGCGAAUAAUACUUCGACCCAUUAUUAAAAAUGCAAAAUGAACAGCAGUGAAAAGUUUAAACGUUUCUGCAAGAAACCCCCCCCCCUAUUCCAUGGUCACAGAGACAAUUAACGAGUGAGGAGGGGCUGGUGACCGAGACUGAGAUGUCCGGCAUUUCCAGGCAAAGAUACGUAGGUCCCACAACCUCUUUUUUUAUAUAUAAAAAUAACUUCAUAUAAAAGAUAUAAUACCACUUGCACCAGUAAUUACUAAAUACUACAAAUUUCUGUAUAUUGUAUUAUCUAAUGUGAUCCAAUUUAUUUUAAAUAUUGUUUGGGCCUAUAUAUCUUUGGCUUAAGCGUCGUCUGCCAGUUUCUGCGAUCUCCCGAAAUAUUCCACUGAACUCGCAAAUAACCGAAACCGCGAAUGUUUGCAAGUAAAUGGGGAGAGGAUUCAGAAUGGAAAAGCUGAACCCGGCAUUCUGAGCUAAUUUAUUUACUCUGAACUUAAGUUGUGAAAUAUUGAUAUCUUUUGCUUGUGAUUAUAAGAUAUAAAACAGCAUAAAUACGCAUCUUUAAUACGAUUUUCUUCAUAUUAAUUAGGCCUGGUCUUUUUUUUCCAAGCCGGAUUCCUAAAACCAUUCCAAACGAUUUGUUUAUUUGUGUUUUCCUUAGUCACGUUUUCCAAGAUAUCUUACGUCUAAAAAUCAGUUGACGCGUUUUAAUAAAAAAGGGCCCGUUUUUAAUGGGCCCGUGAGUUAGACAAUUUAAAUAGUAUUACAGCGUUACAAGGGAAUAACUUUAUGACUGAAAGAUGAAGUGCAUAGUAGUGUUUUUGCAGGAUGGAGAUGAUUGUUUUUAACUGUUUUGUACUUUGUGUUUGGAUCGUUAUAUUUGACCAGGCUGACAGGGUCGGGCCGCAAGCAGAGAUGCAGGAAAGACAGGCGUAAAAACGCGGUACUUUAAUAAUGGACUGCUGUCAAGUUUAAUAAUGUACUGCUAUCACGUUUAAUAAUGGACUGCUAUCACGUUGCCGUUUGCAAUUGGCCUAUUGAGUUUUACCUUUCCUGAAUAUUUUGCACAUUUAAAGUUGCGUUUUGCUAUAAAUGUAUGUUCUUAUUGCAUAGCAAUUGUAUAAAUGUGUUUGGAUGCAGACAAUGCUACAUUAAAGUGACUAUUUUAAUAUAAUGUGCAAUUACACAACAGUUAGUUAUAUGACCAUGAAACACGUUUGGCUAAUCACUUUUUUUUCCUAAUCGUUACCAUAUGCUUAAUGAAGAGGGACUGCUAAUAAUCAAAUUUUGCACUAAUUCAAAUAAAUCAGCUGAUAUAUUUGCAGCUUAUUUUAAAUAGCAGAAAAUAUAGGUCUGAAGUUUGUAUUUUGAUAUAACAUUAAAUAGGUUUAUAAAGA